AUGUUGAAAAUCAUCUCGAAUGGCAUAAUGACUUCAUCGGGUAUGGACAUAAGUGAAUCGUUUCGGCCUGAAGAUCUGGGAAAAACGGAUUUUUUCGAUUUUGUGACGACCGGUUCGGCGGCGGCGGAGAUGACCGUGAAUGGCGGAGGGUCCGGUAGUACGGGUGGCAGCACAUCCAGCAGUGCGAAUGGAGUAUCGGCGACGAGAGACCGGCCACCUUCUGCGGUUCGGCCGGGAACCGGAGAUGCGGGUGGCACGAGUAGCAAUCGGAACGGCCCGGAAACCAUUAACGGCGGAGCGACGAGUCAAAGCGGCGAGCAGACGGCGGCUAGCGGGAGCAGCGGGACUGGCUCCAGUGGCAACGUGGGCAACAAUGGCAACGGCAAUAAUCAACCAUUGCAAGGAUUCGACCAGUUCUGGGGACCUGACAAGGAUGUCAAUCGGUUGGACCAGACGAUGUUCGACGACAUCAAUCGGUACUGCUGGAUUCAACAGCAAAGCAGCGGAUCAGGACAGCCGAGCACAGCCGGCUCGGUUAGUAAUGCGGUGACUGACACCGACGGGCAGAUCUACACACUGACAGUAUUAAACGGAGCUCCAGAACCGUGGGUUCUGAGAAAAGACCCGAGCGCAGCCGAACCACCUCCUCCUGCGGCGAAUCUUGAUCUGGACACGAUACUCGGAGGCUUCCCGGGUUACGUCAAGACGGAAUGUUUCUCAUACGAUGACAGUGGCUUCGGCACGGAUCAUCACGGUAAGGAAGAUCCGCAACACCAGCAGCAGCAGCAGCAUCUCCUAAACCAGCAACAACAGCAGCACCUUCACCAGCAAGUACAACAAAUUCCCGUAACAUCUACCAACAUUGUGCUGUCGAACAGCUUGAUGGAUCCGAACAGUGUGAUAGCUUACCAGAACAAUAACAACGACUGGCAGAUGUCAGAUCACAACGUGAUAGAGCACGAAACGCCGGAAUCAUUGCUGCGGAGUGCACUCCAAGGAAAGGGAUACACUAAGGGAACUCCCGUGCAGCUUCAGAACGGUAUAACCGUGAUACCUGCCGGGCAGAUCAAGGAGGAAGAACUACGGCGGGUCCUAUACACCGGAGAGGCAGAUUCCCUAGCAUACGCUGACUCCACCCUUGCGAAUCCACUCUUCGAUGAGACCGCACUGCACUCUCCUAGCUCAAACAACCCGCAGCAUCCAGCCCACACGGCUACGGUUGGCGAUCUCGGUUCCGGUGUCGUCGUCGACGACAUGUUUCUCACCCUCGAUUCGGCCUUCACCGAAGACUACGAGAAACUGAAGCGAAUCGCCACCGAAGUACAGCAGUUCUGCACCGAUAAUAACAACUACACCGAAAUCAUCGUGGAAUCCGCUGCCAUCAACCAACAUCAGAACCCUAGCCUUAUCAGUAGCAAUAAUGGAAACAGUAAUCUAGUGAUAUCGAGUGCCAACCAGCACGCAAUAUCGACGACCACUUCGUCCGACGUGGUUACAACGACAUCCACGCCAAAAGUCAAAGCCCCGCGAACAUCCAAGAAGUACAAGCGAUCUCUCACCAGUGGUGCCAGCACUACUUCAACCAACAGCAGCAGUAGCAUAGCCAACAAUAACAACAACAGUAGCAUGAGUAACCUCAACACCACGCCUGCCUCGAUUCUCAGCACGACGAAUCACGGUAGCAGCAAUCCAAGUCCGACGCAUUGCAACGGCCAACGAAAGGAACGCUCGUUGCACUACUGUUCGAUCUGCUCGAAGGGUUUUAAGGACAAGUACUCCGUCAAUGUGCACAUCCGGACCCACACGGGUGAGAAACCGUUCGCCUGUUCCCUCUGCGGCAAAAGCUUCCGCCAAAAGGCCCAUCUAGCCAAACACUACCAGACGCAUAUGGCGCAGAAAAACCCCUCCGGUAGUGUCAAAGCGAGCAAGCAAAACCGCGCAGCAGCGGAACAGGCCGCGGCAGCAGCCACAGCGGCUGCCUCCAACACUGCCAUCCACCUGCAGCAACCGUCCGGCCAGCUGACACCCACCGGUCCCCCGCCACUGAUCGGUCAGUCUCAAUCGCCUAGUGCCGCGUCGAUCCUACUCAACACUGCCGCCAUCGUUGCCAGCCGGUAA